AUGGAUAAUUAUAUGGAGCUAUCAACUUAUUUACAGCCUGAUGUUGUUGAGUUAAAAAAACCAACACCACUGAGACCAACACCAGGAAUACCUUUUCCAAUAAUGCCAAUGACACCACCACCACCAGCACCAAUAUCAGAUUUGGAAUCUGAAUUACUUGAUCAACUAAUAACAAAACAAAUUAAUGACAAUCUUGCACUUUCAUAUAUUAGAAAGCCAUAUAAAAUAUCAAUGGAAAAUAGAAAAAUUCAAGAUUAUCAAUUGUUACCAAGUGCAGAAUCAAUUGCACCAGGUCUUCAUUCAGGAAUGUUGUUUGAUCAUCAUUUAAAUAAUUACUCAGGAGUACCUUCAAUGUCAUAUUUAUCACCAAAUAAUAAUUACGAUUAUAAAAAACUAAAUAUUCAACAACAUAAUUCAAUUGUUCAGUCACGUUUUCAUCCAUAUGUUUACACACAUGAUAAUAUCAAUUCAGCAUUUAUUGAUCCACGCUAUGAAACUAUCAGUCCAGAUCAAUCAAGUUCUCAUGGUCGCUCUGGAUCUGGUCGUGAUGAUGGUGGUCGUGUAGCCUAUAGUGGUGGAAAGUUAAGCAGUCUUACCGGUGUUGCUGUAGUUGCUGGUGGUGGAUAUUUGAUGGGUAGACACUCUGGUGGUAUGAACUAUGGUGGUGGAGAUUGUGGAGGAGGUGGAGACUAUGGUAGUGGAGAUUGCGGUGGAGGUGGAGAUUGUGGUGGAGGUGGAGAUGGCUUUAUUGCACUUAGUGUAUUGUGUGCUUGCAUGGAUACAGAAACAUCAACCAUCAAUCUUGAUAGUUAUGGUUAUUGUAUUAUCUGCUGUUGCGAAUCAUUGGCAGAAUGCUGCGUUAAUAGCAGAGAUUGCAGUGGUUGCGGAGAUAGCGGUUCUGGUCGCUCUGGAUCUGGUGGUGGACAGUUAAGCAGUGUUGCUGGUACUGCUGUAGUCUUUAGUGGUGGAAACUAUGGUGGUGGAUAUUAUGGAGGAGGUGGAGACUUUGGUGUUGGAGAUUGCGGUGGAGGUGGAGAUUGUGGUGGAGGUGGAGAUUGUGGUGGAGGUUUCUAA